AUGUUGCCUAUACCUCAUCCACGUAACCGCAAACUGAUACCGAUUGAAGAUUUCAUGUUCGUCGCUCCUCAUCGUCGAGAAAUAAUAUUCCAGGACCUUCCAGGCCUUAAGAAAUUAUUCAGCGGGCCUACCAGCCAGAUCGUCUUGCUCCUCGCUGAACCAAGACUCAAGCAGUCCGCGCUUAUCAGGGAGACCGAGGAGUCCGGAACAUGGAGCAACAAUAUCGAAAGCCACAACUGUGGAAUCAUAAAACUGCCCAAUGAAUUAUUGCUUAUGAUCAUUAAGGAUAUGGCCGACGUCGAUCUUCUAAAUCUGGCCCUCACUUGCCGCUGUCUCUGGUCAAGACUAUUGCCAGAAAUCCUAAGGGUCAUCGUAAGACCCUUGGGCAGCUGGGCAGGAACCCCAAUCAUCUGCGUGGGUCGGCGUACCGAACCUGGUGACGGUACUGAUUAUCCAGAAGGGUUGCUGUCCGCCAGCAUGCUGCAGGACCUGAAGCAAGGGCUGGAAUGGGACAAAAUGGACGAAACCGACAGCUCAGAUGAAACUGACAGCUCAGAGGAAACUAGCAGCUCAGAGAGAGAACCAGAAAAGUAUGAAAAAAGAAAGGAUGAGCCAGGCCAGCCUAUCAACCUCCUAACUUUAGCCAGCAUCAAGUUCAAAACGAUAUGGCAUGUGACCUGGAAGAGAAUGUCUUCCGAGAUCAAUGCUCAGGCCAGAGCAUACAUUGAAUCCCACAGUAUUAUUCCCCCCGGAUUACCGCUGAUUGCAAACCCAUUUCUCGAAGUCCUCUAUUCGAUCAAGAAGAACGAGAUAUGGGUUCUUAGGAAUCUGACGAUCCGUGAAUAUGUGCUUCCGACGUCUAUUGCAUUGAGUUCUACGCAUGUUAGCGGCCCGUUCAUCUGGGGCUUAGGAUUUGGCGAGGUCGUCUUCUAUAUGACCUUAUGGUCAAUUAGACGUGAUCAACCUAGCAUCAAGGGCCCUUGGGCAGGUCAUAAUCUGGAUAUCGCCCCUUUUACUCGCAUGGAGGAAGACGGCGGAAGGUGGACGGAUGCUUCUGAUGCGGUUGCGGAACGCAUUUUUGGACGGUGGAGGAGUGAGUUUGGUAUAGGUUGGAUCAAGGAGAGUGUAAAGAUUGGGUGGUAA